AUCACACUCCCGGAGAACUAGGUUUCUUAUGACUAUAUUAGUGAAUGGACCGAUAAGAUAAGAUACUAGAACUAGAUAGGCAGUUUGACGAGUAAACACUACACAGUGAACACUGACGACACAAUCGACUCAUGACCAUUUAUGGGAAGCUCGAUGCUCAAAGCUGUCAAUAGAGACUCCAACAAGUUAAACUUCGUCGUUGUUGUUUGUCGUUUCGGUUUUGAGUUGUGAACGAUAUCGUUUGAACGGGUGAGAUGGCGUUGACCGGCUGUUAUGCGUUCAUGAAACACGUAGUUACCCUCCUAAAUAUUUUGUAUUUGUCUUGUGGCCUAUUGUUAAUGCUACUUGCAGUAUGGAUGUGGGUAGAUCCAACAUUUUCCUUAAGUAUGGUACAAGAUGAAGCCAGUUACUAUACAGGUGUAUAUCUUAUUCUAUUCGUUGGAACAUUACUACUAAUCGUUGGAUUUCUUGGUUGUGCAGCUGCAAUAAGUGAAUCUCAAUGUUCACUCGUUCUUUAUUUCUGUUUAUUACUUGCUGUUCUUGUGGCUCAAAUAUCGGCUGCUGUAUGGAUGUAUGCAAAUAAUGAUAAGUUAGUAGAAUUAGUUCGAUAUACUGUUAAAACAACUGUUCAAUCAGAGUAUGGCUCAAUUGAAGGCCGCACAGAAACAUUUGAUGCUAUCCAGAGUGGUUUUGAAUGUUGUGGUGCAUCAGGCCCAUCUGAUUGGGCUGGGAGCAAGUAUAAUAACCCACAGACUGAAAGUCUAGAGCUUGCAAUAAGUUCUCCAGAACAAUCAUACAAAAUUCCUGCUUCUUGUUGUAAAGGUGAUCCUAAACAAUGUUCAGAUGCUCAAACAGCCGUAGCUUCGGGACCAAUUUCUGAAUUAAUUUAUUCUGAGGGAUGCACUGAGAAAUUAUUGUAUACUUCACGGAAGAGUAUGAUCAUAUUCCUUGUAUUACUGGUAGCAAUUGGUUCAGUUGAAUUUUUUGGUUUAGUUUUGGCAUUAAUAUUAUGUUGUGCUAUAAGAGCAGUAAAUACAUACAAAAAUUAAAAUCUGAAUUCAGUUGAUCUAACCUAACUUAUACAAAACACCUUUAAAUGUAUUCUAAAAAUAUAAUUUGAUACUAAUUAUAAAUUAUCGUCAAUUUGAUCAAUUUGUCUAUUGUUAUUGCUUAAUGAUUCAGUGACUAUCAUUUGAAUUAAAAUAAGUAAAUUGUUUUAUCUUAUUCAGACAAUGUUCAGCCAACUUCUUAUGUGUAUAUCUUUAUAUCACUGUAUGUGUGUGCUUCAUCUUUAAGUGUUCAAAUUAAAUUUAGUAUCUUCUUUUUUUUAAAUAUUGUAUCAACUAUUUUU